AUGUCACCAACCAAAUCGUAUUCCGUUGAAAAGCGGAUUACUCGUUCUGUCGCGAGAAUUAUUCUAAACAGUAAAUCGGAUCAAAAAUCUUCGACGUUCAUUGAAAUUGAUAAUAAAUUAAAUAAUGAUGUUAAUGAUAAUAGAAGAAAAAAAAUGAAGAAGAAGGAAAAAGUUGUGCCAGCAGCAAAUGUAUUCAACUCAGGGCUGACUCAAUCAGAACUUUUAUCGGGUGUUAAAGAUAAUGAUGUCAAACCAUCUUCUCCUUCUUCACCCUCCUGUCUUUCAUCAAUUUCCGAUCAUUCACGUUCUGUGGUCACAUCAUCAGCAGCAUCAUUCUCAAAUACCAGUCCAGUAAGAUCGAAUAUACUUAGUAAUAUAUCUAACACCUAUAAUUUACAUGAUAAUGGAAAAAAUGAUGAUGUUGAAGAAGAACAUGGUAAUAAUAAGAAGCAGGAGAAAGAUGAUGAUGACAAGCGUUAUGAAGAAACUUAUUCAAUAGCUGUUGGCCCUAUUACUUGGGGUAAAACUAAAUUAGGUGGAGAUAUGUUAUUUAUGGAAGAAAGUAUUUAUUUGUUUCAAUCCAAAUCAGACAAACUCAUGAAAAAAUUAUGGAGAUGCCAACGUCGUGACAAAAAGUGCCGCGCAGUGGUGUACACUGAUUCAACAAGCGCUAGUUAUCUUGGUAAUAAUGGCAUCGAUCAUAAUCAUCCAACAGAUUUGUUAUUGGUGAAGAAACAUCAUCUAAUUAAUGAUUUGAAACGAAAAGUCGAAGAUCUCACUGUUAAUGUUCCUGCUGCAGUGGAUCAAGGAAUUGCCAAUCUGGGACUGGAUAACGAAGCUAUGGUCAAUUUCCCUCUUCCGAAAGCAGUUGUGCGAACCAUUUAUCGACAUCGUGCAAAUAUGUUUCCACCUUUGCCAAACGAUCAAACAUUUGAAAUACCAAAACAAUUUUCUCAAACAAAAAGACGUGAAUCAAUUAUUAUAUAUGAUGGCUAUAAGAAAAAGUACGAUGGAAGAUUGUUAUUAUUUUCAACUAAUGAGUUAUUGCAACAGUUAUGUGAAACAGAAUUAAUUCUAGUUGAUGGAACAUUUGCAAGUGCACCAAUUGGCUUUGAACAAUUAGUUAUUAUUAUGGGGAACAUCAAUGGUGAAGGGGUUCCAUUGGUUUGGGCACUAACUAGUAACAGAAAGCAGCAAACUUAUGAUAAAAUUUGGUCUGAAAUAAUUAAUUGGUCAUUGAAGAAAGAAUCACGAAUGAAAGUGAAACGAUUCAUUCUUGAUUUUGAGGCAGCUCAACGUAACUCAAUUGAACGACAUUUUGUAGGAGCGGAAAUUACUGGAUGCUGGUUCCAUUUUUGCCAGUGUUUGUAUAGAAAUAUUGGACAACUUGGUUUAAUACCCAGUUAUAAAGAUGAUGCAGCGAUUAGAACAUGGCUUAGAUCAUUUAUGGCUUUACCACUUGUUGAUAAUGAUAUUUUGCCAUAUGCAAUUGAAUAUUUACAAAGACAUAUUCCAACUGGUUCAGAUCAAUGUUGCGAAUUUCUUCGUUACUUCGAAUCUCAAUGGCUUCUAUCUGUUCCAAGACAAUAUUGGCAUGUGGGAAAUUUAAUUCCAAGAAGCAACAACUGGAUUGAAGGAUAUAAUAAUCGUAUUGGAAAUCGAUUUGGUAAUCGUCCUAAUAUAUGGUUAUUUCUGUAUCGUUUACUAAUUGAAGAACAAAUAAUUGAACAACGCGUACAACAACUUGUCUUUGGUAAAAUUCAAACGAAUGGCAGUGCACUUGCUCCAGAAAAUGAUACAAUAAGUCGAUCAAUAUCAAAUUUGAAUAAGAAAUAUAUCGAUGGAGACUUAGACAUUGAAAAAUAUUUGAAGGCGUGCACAUUUUUGAUUGGUAAUGCUGAUGUUGGUAGUGCCAACGCGAACAAAAUGGUUUCAUCAACAGCAGCUACAGUAUGUCCAACAACAACGCCACCAAAGAAGAAGAAACCUGCAGCUAAAACAUAG